AUGGCUGGUUCCUGUUCAGAGAGCAUUAUCAACUCGGUGGAAAACUUUUGGACGACUGAAGGCAAUGGCCUCUCCAACGAUGAGAAUCUCAAAAUCCUUACCGCGGGCUUGAACAAUAUGUGCAGCAUUGCCAAGUGUGCGAACGAUCUGAUUAGAGAUAAUCCUGGCCUCAAAGAAUACUUGACAUACCGGCGACUAGUCAAAGUCCUCGAUUUCGUUUUCAAAGGAGCACAGUCACUCAAAAACAAUGCCUCGAAGUCGGGUUUUUCAAUAGAACACCUGUCAAACACUAUCUACGGCUUUGAGAAGGUUUUGAUCCCUCAAACAGCUAUCGCUGAGAGCACAAACAACAUACCCAACUCGUCAGCAAUUGAGCUUCUUCUUGAACUGUUCUACAAGGCUAGCCCAGAGGUGCCUGAAAACAUAUAUGAAUUCAUGCUGGCCUUCGAAGCUAAAUUCGGCAAACACUUCACAGAGACAAACUGUUGCGGGUUGCCCAGAGUGGUUUUCAUAUGCUUUCUGCCCCGUGGCGUGAUUAUCGCAGCUUCCGCACCCCAAUGGAGCUUAUCCUUCGAAGUGCCGGGACAAAGGAAAAGCAAAACGGAAGAAAAGGGAUGGGAGAAAGUGAAUGAACAUCUGAAACAGAUGCGGAGAAAGCGCUUCGGAUUGUUCUCGAAAAAGGCAAGAGGAAACUUCGCAAAAUUGAGGGCAGCGUGGAGGAGAUGGAAGAAGGAUCGUCGCCGAGCUAUGAGCAGCGAGCUGGAACACCGACAUUUCACCGCCUUCGAUCACCAAGGGGCACAAGGAGGAGCAUUCCACGUCCUGAAGGGAGCCGGCAGCAUCCUCAAAAUCUACGAACCGUGCAUCAAAUGCCGCCACUUAUACCGGUUUCAAUAUAUCGGCCAGAAAGCCAUCGACGACCGACAUAAGGACAAGAUACUAUGGCCCUAUAACAGUUGCGCCGAAGAUCUAUGCCAUGAUCUGUUGGUAAACAACAAAGCGUCAAACCGGAACUCGGAUGAAUCUCUGUGCUGA